AUGAAAAAUUAUAAUUCGUAUCACUUAUAGAGAUAAACAACAGUCCCAUCAGAGACUUCAUCAGUAAAAUCACAAGUAACAGUUCAAUCAUAUUUAACUACUUCACCUGUAAAUAUUUAAAAUUAAUGUGAAUGAUUAGAAAUAACGAAACUAAUUGCUUCGUUCAUCCUUCAAAGUUUACUAAGAAAUGAAAUAGGAAAUCAGCUAGAAUUAAUAAUGUAGAUUAUCGUUAAGAUUUGAAUAAAUCCAUUUAUUAAUGGCUUCAUAGAAACUGUUUUUGCUAUUAUAAAAAAUGCAAGCUCUUUAUAAUAAGCAACAAAAAUAAGAAGCAUUUCAAUUGAUUUUAAGAUUGGGUGCAAUAGAUUAUAGCAAUAGUAGCAGCAUAUUUAAAACUCCUUAGAGAAGUAAUUCUCCUGGAAUAGUGUCAAAAGAUAUAGGGUAAUAUAUUAUUAUUAAUAAUAUUAGAAUGGAAAAAAAUAUACAGAAUUAAUAACUAAUAAAGAUAAUAUAAGAUUUAUAAUCUUAAAUUGCUGGUAAGGAACUUUUUAAGGCAAUAUAUUUAAUUUAAACAAAGAUAAUGAAAGAUUGUAUAUACCAAAUAAAAAAUAAAAUAAAAUUAUCAUAAAAAUUUGAGAAAAUUAAAAAUAUUUUAGAUGUUUCUUCAAAACGAAAUGUAUUAAAUGAAUUGAGGUUAAAGUUAAAUAAGAGUAAAAAGAUUGAAGCUGCAAGCUACUUAUUGGCUUUUAAAUUAGAAAAACUAAUAUAGAACUUAGAAUUUACUUUUUAUUAUCAACUUAAAUUAUCAUAAAUGAAAUAAUAAUUGAUCACAAAAGAAUAGAUCUAAUUAAAAUUAAAUGGAUAUAGCAUAGGAGAAAAAAAUGAAAACAUAAAAUUAAUUAAAUUUCAUUAGAUUAUUAUUAAAGUUUGUUACAGAUUUCCAUUUAAUUAAUUGAAAAAUCAAUAUUAAUAAAUAGAUUUAAAUUAAUAGAAUAGUGUUUCUUUUUAAAGAUUUACAUUUGGGCAAUUACCAUUAACAAUGUCAUAGUAAGAUGCAUAAUUGUAGGAGACUUCACCAAAAAAUGAAGAUUAAAAUGAUUAAGAAUAAUAAUCUUAAUAAUAACCAAUUGUAGUGGUUUAAAAAAAAAAAUCUAUUUAAAAAAUGAAUGGAAAAUUAGCAAAUAAAAUAAAAUUAUACAGUAAUAACCGAUAUAUUAUUAUUAGUUAACAAAUGUGAGGAAUAGAAACAAUAAGCAUAAUUGUAGAAACUAGAAUAAAUAUCAAAAUUAACAAAAAAAAAUUCUUUGGAUGAUAUAGAAUUAAAAAAACCCAAGUCUAAUUCAAAUGUUAAAAGUAAGUUAUUCUUAAUGGCAAUAUUUGUAUUUCUUUCAAUAUUUUUAUUUCAUGUAAUUUAUUGA